AUGAUUCAGUUAAUUCGUCCUGGCUACAAACCUCCCAAUCGUGAUCAAAUUGGCAAUAAGUUGUUAGAUCAAGUGUUUAACGAGGUGGAUGAAGACAUUAAAAAAAUUCUUAAAGGUAAAAUUGUAUGUAUGGCAAUGGACGGGUGGAGCAACAUACACAAUGAACCAAUAAUAUGCAUAUCGGUGUACAAUUUAGAAGAUGAAAUAGUAUGUUUAAUUGAUACAAUUGAGACAAAAGCUGAAAGUCAUAAUGCAGAGUAUUUAUUAAAAUUAGCUGUUGAAUCGAUAAAAAAAUGUAAGUCAUAUGGUUGUGAUGUUCGCAGUAUGGUUACAGAUAAUGCUGCUAAUAUGAAGAAAAUGCGAUUAGAACUUAGUACAUCAGAUUUGAGCUCUAAUGAAUAUUCACAUUUAGACAUAAUAACUUAUGGUUGUUCAUCACACAUUUUAAAUUUGCUAGCUCAUGAUUUAGAAGAUACAGUUAUUAAAAAUAAGGUAAAACAAAUUAUUAAAUAUUUCAAGUUUCACCAUUUUCCUGCUGCUAAAUAUAAAGAACUUGGUGGUUCAUCUUUGGUACUUCCUUUUGAUGUUCGUUGGAAUACAAUGUUUGACUGUCUGCAAUCCUACAUCGAUAAUUGGCCAAUUUUAUACAAAGUAUGUGUUGAUCAUAGAGCAGCAAUUGAUUCUAAGAUAACUUCUAUGGUAAUAGAUAUGAAUUUGAAAACCAAUACAGAAGCAUUUAUAGUCAAGUUAAAAAAAUUGUCUUGGGCUUUAGAUGUAUCACAAAAAGAUAAUUGUACAAUAGCAGAUGUGGUUGAAAUGUGGAUUGAUCUCAAAGAUUUUUUUAUAAACGAGUUUAGUACUGAAAGUGAUGAAUUAAAAAUAUUUGAGAAAAGGUAUGAUAUGGCUAUUCAAGAUGUUCAUUAUUUAGCUAAUAUAUUACAUCCAAAAUAUAGAGGACAGAAAUUAAAUGAAGAUCAACAUGAUUCAGCUUUAGAAUAUGCUAAUCUUUAUUUUCCAACUGCUAUGUCAGAAAUUAUAUCAUUUCAAGCUCAAACUAGCCCAUUUAAAGGAUACUUAUUCAGUGACAAUGCAAUAAAAAAUAUUUCAGCUCUUAUAUGGUGGAAAGCAUUAAUAAAACAAAAUAAAAUUUCCAAAGAUUUAACAUAUUUAGUAGAGCAACUUUUCACAUCAAUUUGCAGCUCUGCCGGUAUAGAGAGACUUUUUCAACCUUUGGUUAUGUCCAUUCAAAAACUAGAAACCGUCUUGGAGUGGAAAAAGCUUCAAAACUUGUAA